AUGACCAAAGUACCAGCCACCAAAAAGUUACAGAGUGCCCCCAACAAGAAAGCCCUUUGGCCUUCUUAUGCCUCAGAUCAACAGACCCAGGUCGCAGAGAAGCCAGUGGUGAAGAACAUCAGGUAUUUAGACAGGGAAAUAAUCAACCUCAAGAAGGAUCUUAUACGAAGCCGCUUCCUGAUCCAGCGUGUGAAGAUAGGCCGUGGAUAUUUUAGCAUACUGCGAGAGGAAAACGCCAUGAAGAAGAGGCAGCAGCAACUCCAGAAGCUGAAGGAAGAAGAAUUAAAUAAAUUCCAGCCAGCCAAGAAGUUCUCAGAUAUCCAGUGCAGGGACACUCUGCUGACGGCCUACGAGAAAGAGAAGCUGAAGAAGCUGGAGGCCGGCAUCAUCAUCCGCCCGUUCACGCCCAUCCACAACUGUAUCAUCGCUCCCUCGCUGCCUGAGUCACACGUGGAUCCCCUCUACCGCCAGCUGUGUGCGCUCCACUGGCUCCUGGAGGCCCUGACUAUCGACCACUCCCACCAUACCAUGAAGCCCUUGAUUUCUUGUUGGAACCCCAAGGACCCAGGUGGCAGCAAGAGCACAAUAAAGAAGAUCAACAAGGACAAGUCCAUGGGGCAGAGGUGGGAUCACUUUGUCACCGCGCCAAAGACCAAGAAAUUCAAAAUCCCCGCAAUUCGCACAGCCAGCCGCAAACCCAGCCGGAGGGGCUCCACUCUCAGUCUGACCCGGACCAGUGGGGGUUCUUCUCCCCAGAGCAGCAUGAUGUCUGUGAACCCCGGCUCUGAUGAACCUCCAAGUGUGGUCACGCAAGCCAGCAAAGACAUUGAAGACAAUGAGUCAUGGUCAACUAAGCAAGAUGAAGAAACUCUCCACAUCCACCUGCAGAAGCUCCUGGAGAUGGUCCGGGAAGAUGCCCGAAGAGCGAUCAUGCUGAUGACCGAGAUGCAGAAGAAAGUUCCCAGCAUCCUGAACGUAGUCAAGCAAAUCAAGAGCGAUUCUGCCUGGAAGGACUUGGGGACCAUCUACAAGUCCAGCGAGAGAUCCAGCACUACCAGUGGAGAAAGCCACACCCUGGUGAUGCAGAAGAAAUCAAAGGGCCGUGCUAACCGUGACAUCAUCCAAUGCAAGAGCGGCGUGUGUAGCAGUAUGCGGGCCAAGUUUUACAGCGUAGCCCAGGAGGCCGGCUUCUGCCUACAAGACAAGAUGGAAAUCCUCAUGAAGCGCCAAGAAGAGCGGGGUCUCCAGAAGUUCCACUCUUUUGUUCUCGCCUCGAAUUUCCAAAAGGAUAUAUCAAAGAUGAGGCACCAGGUCCCGGUAGUGAUUGGGGAUGCAGAAGAGAUUGCAGACCACUGGUACUUUGAUCUGUUGUCCAAACUCCCUGAGGAUCUGAAGAACUUCCGGCCUGCAAGGAAGGUCCUGACAAAACUGCAGAAGUUUGGAGAGAACCUAGACCUGAGGAUCCGGCCGCAUGUCCUCCUGAAGGUGCUCCAGGAGCUGCGGAUCUGGGAGCUGUGCUCUCCAGACAUUGCGGUGGCCAUCGAGUUUGUGCGCGAACACAUCAUCCAUAUGCCGCUAGAGGAUUACAUCAACUGGCUCCAGACUCGGGUUAACAUGCCUCUCCGGCAUUACACUAUCCCCACAUAG